AUGGACGAAAAACAAAAGGUAUUCACUAAAGUCAAAGCAGCUGAAUACACCAAUAAAUACCGUCAAGACAUUUAUGGAAUUGUGGAAUAUGUCCAACAAAAAAAAGAAGAUUUAAAUUAUAAACUAAUUAUUUUUAUUACAGGAAGAAGAUUAGAUAAAAGAUAUUCAUCUUAUAUUUCUUCCCCUUUAAAUGAUGGAUUAAGAAUUGCGCUUUUCAAUACAGGCAUAAAAACUAAGCCUUACGAUAAUAAUGAGUAUGAAAAGCAUGCUUCGGAUCAAAAGGAGGAGAUGAUUCAUGCUCUGGAAGAUGACAACAAUAUUGAUAUUGUCAAUGUUGAUUGGGAACUUGACUCCGACUAUACAGAAGCGAGGAAGAUGGAACUUGACAGAUGGGAUUUUUAUUUGAGAAGAAAAUACCAAAUUAGAAUUGCUAAAGCAAAAUGGAAACUUGCGACCAGAUGUUUUCAAGUUCACAAAUAUCUUAUCGAAAUUAUUAUCUCUGUUGCAAACUUCGAAUUUGGUCUUUCCCAAUCACAACCAUGUAAUACCACAGAGGCUAAAAUGGAGAUUUUAAAUACGCAAAAUGAAAUUGAAACUGAUCCUCCUUUUGUCACGACUGAAGUUAAUGGUUUUAUUAACGAUCUGUUGGAAUUUUUCAAUGAUACACGCACGCAAAAAAAAUCCCGAACUGUUCACUUAAUUAUGAUCAAAAAAUAUACUUCAUGA